GAUCAGAGAAUUUCUUCUUCUUCUUCGCAAGCAGUUCACUAUUAAGCUUGCAAUGGAAGGAGAUGAAUAUGACAAUGAUUCGGUGUUAUCUGCUGCUAACAUCACUCUAGUUGUUGUCGGAAAACUUGGCUGUGGCAAGAGUGCAACUGGCAAUAGUAUCCUUAGAAGAAAAGCAUUUGUAUCAGAAUACUCACAUGUCCGUGUGACUAAUACUUGUCACAUAGAAGGCGCCAUUCUAGAGGAUGGCCGCACCAUCGAUGUUAUUGAUACACCUGGAUUGUUUGACACGACCAUUUCAACUGAGGAUGCUGGUAAAGAAAUUGUUAAGUGUAUGAGUAUGGCUGAGGAUGGGAUACAUGCGAUGCUGGUGGUUUUUUCUGCGUCAUCUCGCUUUUCUCUAGAAGAUUAUAGUACCAUUGAGAGAAUUAAGGAAUAUUUUGGAGAGAAGAUUGUUGAUCACAUGAUAUUAGCUUUUACUCAUGGAGAUUUGGUUGGUGAAACUAAAUUGAAGAGCAUGCUAAAUCAUGCCCCAGAGUAUCUACAGAAAAUUGUUGACCUGUGCCAAAAUAGGGUUGUUCUCUUUGAUAAUAUGACCAAGGACCGAAGGCUCCAACAGAAGCAAGUUGAAAAGUUGCUUGAUGUUGUGGACUCUAUUAGUGCAAAUAAUGGAGGAAAGCUGUUCUCAGAUCCGGUGCCCGCUCACAAUAAGCUUUCAGAUAAAGAACAGGACUGCCCCCGUCAAAAUUCUGAUGCAAUCACGUCAAAAUCGAUGCCUCAUGUGGAUCACAAGAAAAUUCCUAUACGAGAAGCCACAAAUCAUUACUUCGGGAACAUCCAUAAUACUAUUAGUCAAUCAUCAGUCAUUGUGGAUUCGGUCAGUUUUGAUGACAGUCAUUAUUCAGAACUGAGGCCAGUGUAUAGAGAUGGGGAGAGUUUCUAUAGGAGCUUCGCAUUCUCCUACCUGGAGCAAAUUGUUGAUAGGAAAGACACUUACGAGGAAAAUCGUCUUCUUGCUGCUAUUGGAGAAUUGGCUAGCCCAGCUGAACUUUUUCAUUGGACCUCUGAUUUUUCCCGUAGACGCGAUACGUUUCAGGCGAUGAUAGAGAAAAUAAAGGGAUGGAAGGUUAUGCGGGAUUUCCCAAAAUCAACAAUCAGCCACAGCGGGGAAGAAUUUCUUCUUGAGUUCUUCAGCAGUUAUGAUACAACGGAUGACAUUUUUGCUUUCCUCAGGCUAGCAGCAGGCAUCUGGAUGUGCUCGGACGACCACAGAGGGAUGUAUGAAGCACGUGUAACCGGGCUUGGAGAAGGUCGCAGUCUGGAAGACUGGUGCUUGACGCAGGUUAUCCCUCCCCGCGUGGACGCAGAAGGUGUUGCAGUAAGUGCUUUGGCGGCCACACUUCAGGUGGACAUCCGAGUGGAGCACCCAAAUGGUGAAAAUACCGAAGAUAACUGCUCCACUGCAAGUGGUACUCCCCGUGUGACCUUGUUGUGCGUAGACUCUCACUAUGACAUCCUCUACCCAAUCCCUCCUGCUGCUGCUACUACUGCUGAUCCUGCGGCUAAGACUUCAAAUGGAGGGGCUGACAAGCGUGAGGGAGAUCCUGCCAAGAGUUCAAGUGAAACGGCAGCAAGUGCGAGCUGGUUAAACUGCCUCCUACCAGCUGGUUGCAAGAAGAAGCAGGCCUGAGCUGAUGAUGCUAGUAGCAGGUACGGUUGAUGAAGAUUACGCCAUCAUAAGCUAGUAGUGAUCCUUCCUGAUUUGUGCUCUUAAGAGGAUCGAUCGAUUCUUUUGCAUGGCUUUUGCCCCCUCGGGAUUUCUAUAUAGAUGGUAACUUUGAUCAGAUGAAUCCACGUUGUUGCACUUUCUCAUCUGCUAGUUCCAUUGCUGUACCUGCAUAGUUGGUUCCAAGCAUUACCGUUGAAGAAUGUAUAGAUCAAUCAUCGUCUGUUUGGUCUUGUCAGGAGAAGAAACAUUGCCACUGACAUGGGUC